AGCGCAGCCCAAGGCAGCAAACUCGGCGCUCUCAGCGCAGUCCUCGUCGCCAAGCGCCACGCCAUCUUGACGUGCAGCGCCUCCCCAAGAUGGUGCUCGCCUCUUCGUACGGCCAAGCACUCGGCAGCAACCUCCAACUCCGCUCGGCCCUCGCUCUCCUCGCGCCGAUCACGUUCACAAUCCUGAUCGGCGCCGGCUUCCCGCAGUUCGAGAUCCAAGACAGCGUCGCUGAGCUUUGGAUUCCCGACAGGUCGUCUUAUGCGGCAGACAGGGAGUACCGCAUCGAGAAUGGCGCAGGAGAAGUGACGACAAACCUUCUCGUUCUGGCCCGCGCACGCGAUGGGCACAGCACGAUGCUCGACGCGCGCUCUCUGCUCGAGCACGACGAUGCUAUGACGCGAAUCUACGCGACCACGGUCAACGUCCGAGGCAACGCGUACGACCUGUCCGACGUUUGCCUGACCGCACGUCCCUACCUUCUGCCGUGCGUGGUGCCGACCGUCCUCGAUUGCUUUUAUGAGGGAAGCAGCGUCGUGGAAUGGCAACCUCUUGUGCUCGGACUGGCCAUGGGGGCGCCGGACGCGAUCACGAUCCCCUGCGGCCUCGUCUCCCCCACUCCGCCAAACAUCACAUGCGGCGAGCCGUCCACGGCCCUUUACGAAACCCUGCUCCACCAAGGAUGCACUGCUGCUGCGCUUCCCUCCUGCAACAGCACCGCUAUGGAGCAGUCGGCAAAGGACGCGAUUGUGUCGGCGGCAAUCCUCCAGUCCGGCCUCAUCCCCGCCUCGCCCUACGACUCCAAGCCGAAGCUGCGCGACGGCGACGGCGCCCUUCUUCCUGACGCAGAGGUGAGAGCGGCCGUCUCGGGAGAGUGCUUCGCUUGGGACGGCGGCAGCAUCUACGGCGAGGUCAACAAGGAGCUCGUCGUCGGCAGCGCAAAGGCCAACGCCAGCGGCUUCUAUGAGUAUGCGGGCGCUAUUCAGGCAGUCUUCGUCCUCACCAACGGCGCGGCGGUGCAGCAGCGCCUGCGCGCUCGCCCCGAGACCGCGGGGGGGGCGAGAGACAUCUCGCUCGAGGAGGCGAUGGAGGUACUCGAGGCGAUGAAGGCGGCGCUCGAGGAGUCGGCGGUGGCAGAGCAGGCGGGUCCGUGGGAGAGUGACCCCGACCCUGCUCGCGUCACGCGGACCCUGCAUUCGGCCUUCUCGGACGACGCGGUCGUGCCGGGCACAUUCACGCAGACCCUCCGCGACGAGACCUACAGCUCGAUCAACAUCAUGAUCGUCAACUUUCUCCUGGUCGGCGCUCUCGCGGCCCUCUUCUUUGUCGACUGCGCCUCCGCCGUCCGCUCGCGCGUCCUCCUCGCGCUCUCUGGCGUCGCGCUCGCCGUCCUCGCCUUCCUCGCCUCGCUCGGCCUGGUGGCCCUCGCCAGCAUCAAGCUCAACAUCAUCACCAUGUGGGUGCUCCCCUUCCUCCUCGUCGGGAUCGGCGUCGACGACAUGUUCAUCAUCACCUACGCAGUCGAGCGGCGGCGGGGCGCCAGCGGCGGCGCCGCGCCCGCGCUGGUGCUGGGCGAGGUGAUGGCGGAGGUUCUCGCGCCCGUCUCGCUCACCUCGCUCAUCAACCUGAUCAUGUUCGCCGUGAUGGCGCGCUCGGACCUGUCGGGCGUCUACGAGACAGCGUACGUUGCGAUGGUCGCCGUCACGAUGCUCUGGGCGGCCAUGGUGACCGCCUUGCCCGCGCUCAUUGCCUUUGACCUCCACCGCCAGGCGUCCCGGCGCAGCGAGCUCUGUCCCUGCAGCGCCGUCGCGCCCGCGGACGCGGGUGCUGAUCUUUCGGAACGGUCUGCCAGCGUGCUCGCCGACAAGUACUGCUUCCGAGGCGCCUACCUCCGCGCCCUCUCCAAGUGGCGCGCCUCGCAGCUGCUCGUCGGAGUGCUCUCCGCCGCGCUGCUGGCGACGUGCGCCGUCAAGGUGAACGACCUCCCGCUCGGCCUCGAGCUCAACGACUUUGCUCGUUCCGACACUUGGGUGGAGGUGUACUUUGUCGACCGCUCCGAGCACUUCCCGCUCUGGCCGAUCAGCAUGAACUUUGGCGCCCUCGAGUACGAGAACCCACUCUCGCAGCUCGGCAUGCUCCGGACCUGGGAGAACGUCGCCGCCCUCCCCGAGGUGUCCGCAAGCCCUCGUUCGGGCCUUGUCUGGACGGCGUCGAUGGCCGCGUGGGCGCACCCCGCGAUCGGAUGCGUCCCUCCCGCGAACGCCCUCUACACGUGCGGGCCGGAAGUCGACCCGAACUGCACGGCCACGUUCUACCCAAACGUUUACGGCCUUAAGACCCGGGCGGACGGAGGCGUCUGCGCCGACUUUGCGCGCGAGCCGGCGCUCGCGGAGUGGGACGGCGAUCUGUACGCCAUGUUCGCUUUCGCGCACACGAACAUGUCGCCUGUGCUGUGCGCCAUAGUGGACGGCUUUGGCGUCUCGUGCUCACCCUCGAACCCCGCCUCGAUGAGUGACGCCGCCGCCUCCCUCGCGGGCUACAAGCCUUCGGGCCACACGGCGUUCUGCCCCGUGCUCGACGUUGCUCCGGCCACGUUCGACACGUGCGCGAGCCUCUGGCUCCAGCACGACCCGAACUACGCACUGCUCGGCCCAGAGAUCAAGCAGGCCUCGCCUGGUGCCUUUGAAGCGCCGGUGCUGUUCAGCCAGGUCGGCGGCUCGCAGACGAACGCGGUCCACCUCUACACCACAGAGGAUUACCUCACGCUGAUCCGCAACACGCGCGGCCUCUGUGACGACUCCGGUGCCAUCCAGCCGGUGAGAGCGGCCGGUGUGUACGACGUCUCCGUCGGCCCGCUCCACUGCUUCAUGAGCGGCGUCCCGUACGACUACUGGGAGCAGUACCUCACGAUUGAGACGUUCCUGCUCACGACGAUCCUGUACGCCUCCCUCGCCGCAGUGGCGGUCGCCUGCGCCUUCCUCGCAUGCGAACUGCUCUCCCUCGGCUGGGCCGCGACCGACGCCCUCCAGGGCGCCGUCGUGGGCGCCAUCCUCAUCGCCGCCGCCAUCGCCGCCUCGGUCGUGUCGGUGGUCGGCCUACUCGGCUGGGUCGGCGUUCCCCUCAGCGGGAUCAGCGCCAUGUCGUCGCUGUGCGCGGUCGGGUUCGCGACCGAGUUCGCGGUGCACAUCACCCACGCCUUCCUCGCGAGCGGCGCAUCCGCCGCCGCCGCGCGUGCGGAGGCGGCGAUGCGGUCCCUGUUUGUGCCGAUGCUCCUCGCGUUCCUCUCGUCGCUCCUCGGCAUCCUCCUGCUGCUCGCGACCACCUUUGGCUUCGUCUUGAACUACGUGUUCAAGCCGAUGAUUUGCUGUCUGGCGCUGACCUACUUUUACGGCUGCGUCACGCUGCCCUUGCUACUGCAGGCCCUCAACUGCCUCAUGCCCAAGCCCCCCGGCGCAAGCGCCGCAGACGCGUCCAAGGCGGCGUCGGGAGCCACUUUUGCUGCGCCGGACGCGUCGGUGAAGGCGGGGCAGAUGCCCGUCGGUGAAGGCGGGGCGGCCCGGUCAGUUGUCUAAAGUGCCGCCGUGCGCGGGGCGACAGCCCGCCGCCUUUCAGGGCAGAUGUGGAGCCGCGCGGCUUCGGUUCCUAGAAGUAGAACUCGCAAUGGCGUCGUGGUGGUGUGAAGGGCGCCGCCAGUGCGACCGGGGCGCGCGAGCGCCGCCACGCAGCGCCCGGGCGAGCGCCGCCAGCGUCCGUGGGCAAGCCCCGCCAGCUACUAGUACUACGCGUACUGUACGUGAGUGGAGAGUCGUUUGUGCAUGAGUGGAGUCUCGUAGAUGAGUGGCUGCCAGUUCGAGACUGUGGGGCCGAUCGAACUUGAGUUGUUCGGAGGAGAGUAAUCUCCGGCACGGGUACAAAAAAUUACCUUACCUGUGUUACCUACGUACGGCUCUAAAUGCUAAAGGAUAGCGCGACGCGCGCGAGCCUCGUCGCGACCGCGAGGGCGCGCAGCCAUUGGUGGGCUGCGGGGAGAGGUGUGAAGGCUCCGAGCGUAGAGAAGACGUACCCGGGACUACAUCAAUCUAUAACAC